CAAAAGUCUUCGUUUCACUAGCCUGCGUCUUGGACUGGGUGAAGGAACCGAAGAACUAACAAGAAAGGAAGGAAGAACGAUGGAGACGAUAGGGAAGAUGAUGGUAUUGGCGAUGAUGUUCUUGACGAUGGUGGUCGUCGAUGCGGGUGAUACGAAUCAGGUUUAUCAGCCAUGUUCAGACACGAGGGUGCAGACAGGGGAUGGUUUCACUUUCGGGAUUGUAUUCGCUCAAAGGACUUCCUUCUAUUAUAACCAGACGCAGCCAACGCAGCUUUCACCCUGUGAUGUACGACUUAGUCUCUCUUCUGCCAAUUCUCAGCUCGCAGUCUUCAGGCCCAAGGUCGACGAGAUUUCUCUGCUCACCAUUAACACCACCAACAACUUCUUCCCGGCUAAUUAUGGUGGCUACAUGGUGGCAUUUGCGGGUCGGAAGUAUGCAGCAGUAUCAAUCCCUGCUUUUGUUGCAAACAAUACCUAUAUUGUUACCAGCUUUACUCUGGUUCUUGAUUUUAAUGAUGGUCAGCUGCAGAACUUGUACUGGAAGAGAGAUGGAUGCUCCUCAUGCACAGGAAAUUCUAAUUUCACGUGCCUGAACAGCCAAGAUUGUGCAAUGAAAACUUCUAGCUGUAAAGGCCACGGAGGCACUGUAGAUUGUAGCCUUGGAAUACAGUUAACUUUUUCGGGCACAGAUAAGAAUUAUGUUGCACUCAACUCUUGGUAUGAAGUAGGAAACCUCCAGCAGUACUCCCUGUACAGCCUAUUUUCAAACCUGAAGAAUUCUCUCACCAGUUUCUUUUGAUUGUGUUGGGUGAUGUGCGCCCCAAUUUUGCCCAUUGGUGAUGAUGCUCAACUUCUGUGAAGAUUGGAUGGAGCUUGGUGAAUUGUCUGUGCUUGAUGUCAUUUUUCUUGAAAUUUUUUGUGGUGUACAUUAUUCUUUACAUAUUUCUUACCUUCUCUCUUUGUUUAUACUAAAGAUUUCUGUACAUUUAUACUACAGGAUUUAGAGUUGAUAUUGAAUGUAUUGGGUUUUAAUGGGUUGGCCUUA